AGUGCAACGAUCCUGCCCUCAUCCACCCAAAGGAAUUUGCAUACUACGAUCUGCCACUAAACGAAUUUAUAGUAAAGGCGGUAUUAUUGACGGUAAUUUGUGUAUUGUCCCUUCUAACCCUAUGGUUAACAUGUGAUGGAAAUGAGAGCGACUUCCCAAUUGGCCGGCCUCACAUUUCCUGGAAGUGACUCGCUGGAAAUCGCUCCUUUAAUCCUCUUGAUACGCUGGAUAAGCGUGGCGGUGAUUGGGUUUCUUUUCGUGAUUUUGACCACGUUUACAUUGAGUUACUCUCUCGGAAUAGUAGCCCCCAAUUUCGUGAGUGCCUGCAAACCACAACAUCGAAUGCUUUGCGAUGCUGGCUACAUUAAUGUCACUUGCACGACGUUGCCUCAAAAAUGGAGGCGGGCCGGGUAUUCUUUCCCUCCGACAUGUGUGACCCUUCAAGGCUAUCUGAUGUUUGCUGCCGUAUAUUUCAUUGAGCAUCGCUUUUCCUGGAAAGGAUCGCGUCGAUACGUAAACAUCUUUAGCCAGGUGUUUUUUAUUGCGAUGGCCCUGCUCACUGGAUUCAGCACGGUACACUACAACGAGGCGAAUUGGGGUGAAGUGUUGAUUGGUUUUCUGAUCGGAGCUGGAACAGCUUGGAUAAUAUUACGUGUCACUUUCAUUUGGAUGAAAUGGGGAAAGGAACCUGGGCUUCCAUAUUACUGGAACGACGUCCUGGGAAGAAUUAUUGUCAGUCAAACGGGCUCGAUCCCUGUCACGCCUCUGCCCAUGUGGCACCGAGAACCAGGACAAAUGGGACAACAACUUUCCUGCCAACGGAAUAACGAAAAUGAAUUGCCUCAAACCGGGGGAGAAACACGUCAGCCACCAUCGUACCAACCGAUAAUAUUUUCGAGCUCGGAAUACACGGAAAGUCCCCCAGCGUACGACGAUAUAAUUUCAUUCAACCGGACUUGAAUUUGUUUUGCAGAUCCUAUACGAGUUCAUUACAUGUAACUGGCGACUCUUUGGAUUUAUGCAUGUCAUGAUUACAAUAAAACUUUUUUUUUCUGAA